AUCAGAGCUUCUUGGAAGACCCGAAAACUUCGGAAGUCCUGACGGAUCCUGCUAGGAUUUGGAACGGCAGAAUUUGUGGCAAUCCCUUGUGCAGACCGCGUCCUACACGUUGCUUUUGGAACUGUCACAAUCUCCCUCCGUUCCUGCCACUGACACUGGCAUACCUGGUAAACUUGAAUCCUGAGCGGUGAGGCCGCAGCUGUGUAUCCUACACUGUAGUCCUACGUACUCAACGACAUUGCGAUUCGCUAGAAUCUACCUAGUCAAGUUUGUCAGGCUCCGGUGCCUCACAGUGUCCCCACAGUACUAGUGUCAGGUUGUGGACUUCACAUGACCAUGGCUUAGCUGGCUGUACUAGCUCCGCCAAUCACAAUUACUUCUGAGCAUCUCCUGAAUCUCGACAGAUCCUUGAUCUAGGUAGAAUUCGAAACAUCGACGUGGCUGGAGUGGUGGUUCGAGCUUCGCGAAUCGCAACGACAGCUCUGAACGCUAGUGGCAGUGCACAGGGGAGUUUGAAGUUCCAAUCCUUCCAGGAAAAAGUCGACAUGAAGGAGUGGCAUAUGUAUAUAUAGGACCGGUAUGUCGCCCACAUACGGUCAUAUGUAUGCAUAUGCAAAAUCUAGGUAGCUAGCUGGACGUUUAGAAAAGGAAAGCUCAGGUUUUCUUACAGUGUAAAUACAUCUUGCGCAGCUCAGGGGUCGAUUCUGGAUAACGUUGUGCAGAUCUCCCUUUAUGAGCUCAUCAUGGGCUGUGCACAUUCACUGGAGGUUGGGUCUCCAACGGCUUAGCGCAGGACUCCUGCCAAUUCUUCCGAGAAUUGGCAGACCUUCAAUACUUCAGCUGGUAGCAAGUACGUCUGAAAUGGUAGCGAGGUAGAAUGCCACCACCAGGCGCCAAAGUCCUAGCUUGGCGGCGAUCACCAAUGCCAGCAUCAGCUUUACCCGCUGGUCAACUGCACUCAUCAUGACUCCGUGGCCCCUUUGCAGCCUCGGAAGAAGGCUGCAAUGAUGGUGCGUGACGCUUCCAAGAUUGGGCACAAAUAUCAUAAGGGAUACAGUGAAAUGCAAAUGCCAUACAAAGUCAGACGUCGUGAAAGUCCUAAGCCUCUCAACUCGCUCCCGGAUUUUGUCUGAUGCGCGAUCUUUGAAGCAAAGUGAGUCACGUACAUGUGGCUGCCGCUUGCGCCCCAGAGCAGCGCAAUGCCGUGGGUUUAGAGCCCCUUGCUUCAGCUUAAGGGAGGCGGCACUACAAAACGUCUCUUCAGAUGGCUAGCUACCAAAUAGACUACGCCACAGAGCAGCCGAGCCCAUUGGAUGCUUCGGGGCAAUUUGUGCUGGCCUGGGGCCAGCGGAACUCUGAUGCGCAAGCUCUCGACCGAUUACGAAAUGCUGCUGAGGCGGGGGACCCUGGGGGGCAGUUCCAGUUGGGACUUUACUACUACUGCGGUCUGGGGGGGGCAGCCAAAGACCAGGAAAGGGCGGUGAGGCUUUUCGAGCGGGCUGCGCAGCGCGGGUGCUCUCCCGCUGAAGUGAGCCUGGGGGUUUGUUACCAAACCGGAGGGGGUGUUCAGAAGGAUGUGCAGGAAGCCGUGCGGCUGUUUGACACUGCCGCUAAGAAAGGCGACGCGGCAGGACAGGUGGCGCUCGGGGGGUGUUACUUUCACGGCAGCGGUGUGGAACAAGACGAGGCGCACGCGGCGCGGCUGUUUCAGAGGGCGGCCGACGAGGGGGAUCCCUCGGCGCAAGCGUGCAUCGGGUCUUGCUACCAGCUGGGGAGGGGCGUGCAGCGCAACUUGCAGAAGGCGCUCUGUCUGUACCGCGCGGCGGUGCAACAGGGGAGUGCUACCGCACAGGUGAACCUUGGGCUCUGCUACCAGAAAGGGCUCGGGACGCAGAAAGACCUUUCGCGCGCGACGGCAUUGUUCGAGGACGCCGCAAAGCAGGGCCACCCCGCGGGGCUCGUCAAUCUGGGGGUGUGCCUUUUGCACGGGCGGGGCCUGGAGAAGGACCCCCCCAGAGCGGUGGAGUUGUUCCGGGGCGCCGCAGGGAAGGGAUAUGCGUCGGGGCUGUUCAAUCUGGGGUUGUGUUACGCGGGGGGGUUAGGCGUGGACAAGGAUACAGGGAUCGCGGCGGAAUUGUACAGGCAGGCUGCGGAGAGGGAUCAUCCGGGAGCGCAGCUUAGCUUGGGUGUAUGCUUUCACCGGGGAGAGGGGGUCGAGAAGGACGUGGUGCGAGCGGCCAUGCUGUACGCUGCGGCCGCUGCGCAGGGGCAGGCAACCGCACAGGUCAGCCUCGGGCUCUGCUUUCAGCGCGGGGAAGGCGUCGAGCCAAACCUGGGGCGCGCUGUCGAAUUGUACCGCCAGGCCGCGGAGCGGGACCACCCGACCGCGCUUCUGGCCUUGGGGAUCUGUUACCAAAGCGGGCGGGGCGUCGAACAGGACUACAGCCAGGCAAUCCAGUUUUACAAGUGGGCGGCGGAGCGCGGCAGCGCGGCGUCGCUCGUGAACUUGGGACACUGCCUUUUCGAGGGGCUUGGCGUCACUCAGGACCCCGCACGCGCCGUCGAUUUUUUCCGGUGCGCGGCCGAAUUGGGAGAGUCCGCCGGGCAGGCGAGCCUGGGAGAGUGUUACUUGAACGGGUGGGGGGUGGGCCGGAACCCGGCGCUCGGGAUCCGGUUGCUCGAAUCCGCGGCCGACAAGGGGAGCGCCGCGGGGCAGGCCGCGCUCGGGGGGUGCUACCGGGAUGGGUCCGGGGUCGAGAAGAAACUAGAGCGGGCUGCAGAGUUGUACCGACUUGCGGCCGAGCAGGGAAACGCGGAAGGGCAGGCGGGGCUGGGGUGGUGCUACUCCCAAGGGGCUGGAGUCGACCGGUGCGCCCAAACCGCAGUGGAGUGGCUCGAGCGCGCAGGCCGCCAAGGGCACGCGCCGGCGCUCGCGCACUUGGGGGAGUGCUACGCGCGCGGCGAAGGAGUCGAGAAGAACCUCGUCAAUGCCGCCGAGCUGUACCGGGAAGCGAGCGACCGGGGCUGUGCGCGCGCGCAGGUGAAACUGGGGGACUGUUACGCGAUGGGGGUGGGGGUGGAGCGGGACGUCGAGCGGGGGGUGGCGUUUUACCAGGCGGCGGCCAGCGCGGGGGAGCCGGGCGGUGUAGCUUGCCUUGGGCUGUGUUAUUUUUACGGGGUGGGAGUCGACCGGAAUGUUGAGGAGGCGAUGCGGCUGUUCCGUAUGGCGGCAGACAAGCGCGAUACGGCCGCAAAUGAUCAUUUUGAUGAUGCGCAGACUGGCGUCGUGAGCGACGUCGAAUGGGCGCAACGAUUGUAUAGGCAGAUUGCGAGCAGCAGCGCGGCGCCAUUUGCCGCGGGAGUGGAAUCAAACAGUCCAGAGAAAAGUACAUUUUAAAUCUGGUUGGUUCUGGUUGGAGAGCAAAAGCUUGUACAGUAUCUGUAGAGUUAUGUGUUUGUCUCAUCCGAGCCUACGUGGCCUGACAAGGUCUUCCAAGUACAUGGCAGAGCGCCCAAUAAAGCUCCCCAAAAAAGGGCAGGCGCGCUUGCGUCCUCAUUGGUGCAAGCUUCCAGGAAACGCAAUUUUCCGGAAGCAAGAUCCCGAAAUGAUCGCGCAAUGAGCUCUAGUCAGAACAAGCGGUCAACUAAGGUUGCGCGUCGACGGAAAACCUACCACCCCCCACUCUUAUGUUGUCA